AACCCUCCAUUCCCCCGGCCUCUUUCCUCUGGCUUCCUCUCCUCUCUUCUCCGUCACCGGCGGCGCCGCCCCCGCCGCCGCAGCUACCCACCGGUUCUCUCUCUCUCUUUCGUGUUAAUAUUCUCUAUGCUGAUCCUGUAGCGUUUCAUUUAAAGAUCUCCUACACUGUAUUCCGAUUGCGUAUAAAUCUGCUGAGAUCUAGAGAAGAUCUCAAUAACGUUCAAUUUAUUUGAAAAUCUUAAUAAGUUGUCGCGAUCCUCCCAUGUUGCUCCCUAUCAUAUAUAUCUCAGCUCUCACUUCUUCUAGCUUUAUCGCAUCUUAUUCUCGCUUUAAGAGUAUCGCUAUAAGCUUUUGAAAUGAAGUAAAAAGAGUGAGAGAAGUACCUCCUUUGGCGAACCUUCGGCUUUUGGGUUGAUGUAGGUUUCAUCAUUCAUGUUGUUGUUCAGAUGAUACUUCUUGGAUUGUGGUGACAUGGCCCAGAGAGCGGAAUGAAGUUAACGGCAGUCUGUAAGAAAAUAUAUGAUUGCAUUCGCUAUGAUCUCAAGGAAAUUGCCUUCCUUUCUUCUUUGCCUGACCCCAUACAUAUCAAAAAACGAAGGAAAAAUCUAGGCUUUAUGCAGCUAGCUGGGUGCCAGAUAUUGGCCCUGACCUCAGGCCGAUCGACUGUAAGAAGGACAGCAAACCUCAUGCAGAGAAUGGUGCAUCUCACAACGGAGAGCCUUCGACUUCAGAUGAUCUUGCAGUGGCUGCAAGAGGUGGAAUGGAGACCUAGGGCCUGCGCUGCAGUGCACUGAAAAGCUUCAUACAAGGUUAUGGGAAGGGAUAAAACAAGUCAUGGAAGGGAAUUGAAGAAGCUGCCAAGUCUCCACUGAAAGGUGAUGACCUGAAGAAAUCAAUGCAAUCUUUAAUUGUAAGUUAUUCUCUAAGCCAUGCCAUUCACUAAAUUCACAAUAAAUUCUCAAAAUUUGAUGAAAUAAAGCUGAGAUUCUUGUGGUUUGAAGUUUGGUUGCAGAAGAAAUCAAAGAAAUCUUCUGUGCUUGUGUAGAGACCAGUCGAAACAUCCAUUCCCUCCCCCCCCCCUAUAGCAUUACAUAGUUUAGACUAUGAUGGAAGCUUGUACAUUCAAAUUUUUAUGCAAGCACCAAGACAUAUUUUAUCUACUGUUAAUUUGGCUAGUUCUGAGACUGUUGCCGGAGGAACCAUUUUUGAAGAAUGUGUUGUUCCACAAAAUGCAAGAAACAUCACCGAGGAAUUUACUAGUCGACAUGUUCGAGUAACGGCUGAAGAAGAGUUUGUUGCUGCCCAUGUCGAAGGAAACAUUACAGAAGAACCUAUUUCUGCGAACGAUAGACCAGAUACUGAACCUAAUUUAUCCUCGGGCGCUGCUUCAGAUGUGGAAAAUUCUCUUGCCUCAGACAUGGUGGAUGCUGUUGGCGAAGUGGAGCAUCGACUCAUUCUAAGUGGUGAAAGGGAAAUUCCUUUCACAUACCUGGCAUCUUUGCUGGCAAAAUGGACCACCCAGAAGGACAACACACCAUUCAUUCAAGGGAAAAUCAAGUGCUUUUUGACCGGCGUCAAGGGGUUCCACUUCAAACAACGGAGUUCAUUUGAGCUCCAUGUAUAUGUUGAUGAUGGGAGUCUCAUAUCUGAGGUGCUCAUUGACCACAAUGUUGUAAAGAAUGGUAUUGGCCAUUCUCCUGAGGAGGUCACUGUGGCUCUUUCUUCAUCAGAUAAGAAAACAGUAACAGAUAUGAGGGAGACCAUGAAAAAAUUCCAGCUUUUCUUGGCUAAAUUUGAGGGUACAAUGUUGGUGGAGGUCAAUGGAAACUCUCCUCUUCCUGUUGUCCUGGAGAUGAACCAGAGCUGUUCAACAUCUGAUGCCUGGUUGCUCCUUCAAAGACUGAAGAAGUUUACUGCUCCUCAAAAUAAACAACAUAACCAUUUGAAGCCUAUUGAUUUAUCUCCGUGAUGUUUAUGAUUGUUCGUUUGUUUUGACUAUGGUUAUGUAUUACUGGAAGGUUCUGAGAAGUAAUCAACAGAGAUACUUUAGCAUUGGGACACGGAAUGGUUGUUAGUGAAGUGGGUGACUGGGAUAAGAAUGGUUCUGCUUAGCACAGGAUUUGUGGUGAUAGGCAAAUAUCAAGAUGAGAAAAGUGAGAUGCAUAGUCAAUGGCUUCACCUCCCUGAGGAACUACGUAACAAUGGGCUUAUGCUACCAAGCCUAAUCCUGCUUCUUUUUGCUCAUUGGAGUUGCUGCAUCCAGUUCCUACAUGCCUGAUUUAUGGUUGAUUCAUAACCUGGAUAAACCUGUGGAAAUUUCUAGGGUGGAGGGCUUUAAGCUGUUCUAAUUUUGGCAUCACUGGCUAAAGGGACCAUCUUUCUAUGCUCAUUGUUUUUGCUUGACUUUUCCUGUAAGAACAUGGCUUCAGUUUGAAAGCUGUGCGGAUCAGCAAGUUCUGCAGGGUCUCUCUUGCUGUCAAGGAGUGGAAACAAGCUUCAUGAGAGGUGUGGAAUUGCAUAAUAAGUUGGAUACACUGAGCCCCAAAAGUUUACAUCCUGAAAAGAGUCUUGCAAUUGAAGAUCAAUGCUCUGUGAAUUAAACUUGAUAGUUAUGAGUUAUGACGUUGAUUUCCAUUUUAGGGUACUCUGAGAUUAUGUGCAGAUGAAAAAUAGUGACAUGGGGACUGGAAGAGCAAAUCUUAUGAUACUUCUUGGAUUGUGGUGACAUGGCCCAGAGAGCGGAAUGAAGUUAACGGCAGUCUGUAAGAAAAUAUAUGAUUGCAUUCGCUAUGAUCUCAAGGAAAUUGCCUUCCUUUCUUCUUUGCCUGACCCCAUACAUAUCAAAAAACGAAGGAAAAAUCUAGGCUUUAUGCAGCUAGCUGGGUGCCAGAUAUUGGCCCUGACCUCAGGCCGAUCGACUGUAAGAAGGACAGCAAACCUCAUGCAGAGAAUGGUGCAUCUCACAACGGAGAGCCUUCGACUUCAGAUGAUCUUGCAGUGGCUGCAAGAGGUGGAAUGGAGACCUAGGGCCUGCGCUGCAGUGCACUGAAAAGCUUCAUACAAGGUUAUGGGAAGGGAUAAAACAAGUCAUGGAAGGGAAUUGAAGAAGCUGCCAAGUCUCCACUGAAAGGUGAUGACCUGAAGAAAUCAAUGCAAUCUUUAAUUGUAAGUUAUUCUCUAAGCCAUGCCAUUCACUAAAUUCACAAUAAAUUCUCAAAAUUUGAUGAAAUAAAGCUGAGAUUCUUGUGGUUUGAAGUUUGGUUGCAGAAGAAAUCAAAGAAAUCUUCUGUGCUUGUGUAGAGACCAGUCGAAACAUCCAUUCCCUCCCCCCCCCUAUAGCAUUACAUAGUUUAGACUAUGAUGGAAGCUUGUACAUUCAAAUUUUUAUGCAAGCACCAAGACAUAUUUUAUCUAGUAAGUAUAUACUUUUGGAUCCUUCAUCGCUCCACUGCAUUUUAUUGAAGGAAUUUAGGCAUCCCUUCACAUGAGCUGUUUGACUGAAGUUGCUAGAUUCUUCUCUCUCAAGUUGGAUACAUGCAUGACAUCCUUUGCUCAAUUUGUAUAAAAUGCAGCUGCAUGACAGGGAUAGGGAAUCGCAUUCACCUUCUAAAAUAUGUAAGAGAUAUACAAGGACAAUAUCUAUCCAUAGUCGAAAUAAUAAUGAGAGUCAUGAUGCAAGAUGAAUUUGAUGGAACAUUGAACAGACUUGCAAAAUUUUUGAGCUAGUUUUGGCGAGAGUUUGCUGGCUAUCUAAUUUUCAGAGACUUGCAAUGUUAUAUUAUUGUCUCACCAAAAAGAAGGCUGUUAUGCCUAUGUAUGUGUAUGUGUUAUGGCAUCAACUUCACCCUCUGGAAUAA